GCUGAUCACCGGGAAAUGCAAUUGCCGAUUCUCGGCUGCACUUUCCUCACGCUGUCAGAGCGUGAGGAAAGUACUUCCGAGAAUCGGCAGUUGUCAGAGCAGGGAUCGGCACCAAUCAUCGGGGCACUGAUGAUCAGUGCCCUGAUGAUCGGUGCCCAGUAGUGCCAUCCACCAGUGCUGCCCAGCAGUGCUGCCAGUCAGUGCCCAGCAGUGCUGCCAGUCAGUGCCACCAGUCUGUGCCCAUCAGUUCCACCAUCAGUACCCAUCAUCGGUGCCGCCUAUCUGUGCCACCUCAUUAG